UGGUAAUAUUCAAAGCGCGGUCGUAAGUGGCUAGCCUCUGAAAUGGCUAGCUUAGUUUUAAAAUCUCGAUCGUGUCUGUUCGUGAGCGAAACCACGCGGUCGUAAUGUCACAUUUCCCUUAAGUAUCGACAAGGCUCAGUAGCGUGUUUAAAGCUGUAACUCUAGGCCGAAUCGUGUGUAGUUUUAAGAUUGUUUUAUGUAAUCUGAAAAGGUUACCGUGAGGCACCCAGUCGUAUUUCCGCCAGAUAAACAUACUCUCACACAAGUGUUAACGCCCACCAGACAUUUUUCUUCACUCGUACAGUACCAUUGGAAAAAAAACUGCGUUAUUGAAGUAGUAUUUGCUAAAUCGUUUAUUACACAGAGCCUACAUACGCAAUUGUCGAUCCUGCGAAGAGCGAUGGCAGCUCAGUGUGUGACUAAAGUGGAGUUGACCGUUUCCUGUGAUAAUCUUUUGGACAAGGACAUUGGAUCCAAAUCAGACCCUCUGUGCGUGCUGCUAAUGAGCACGUCGAAUUCCCAGUGGUAUGAGAUGGAACGCACAGAAAAGGUCCAGAAUUGCCUCUGUCCAAAGUUCGCCAAAAAGUUUGUCAUCGACUACUACUUUGAGACGGUGCAGAAAUUGAAAUUUGGUAUCUAUGAUAUUGACAAUAAGACCAUUGAUUUGAGCGAUGAUGACUUCUUAGGAGAACUAGAGUGUACCUUGGGCCAGGUUGUCUCUAGUAGAAAACUGACCAGGCCGCUAGUUUUGAAGAACAAGUCGCCUGCGGGAAAAGGGACCAUUACAAUCAGUGCGGAUGAAAUAAAAGACAACAGGGUGGCAAAUUUUGAAGUGGAGGCAAGGAAACUGGAUAACAAGGAUUUCUUUGGGAAGUCCGACCCAUAUCUAGAAUUCUACAGGCAGACAGAAACUGGAUGGCAACUGGCUCACAGGACAGAGGUGGUGAAGAACAACUUGAAUCCUACAUGGAGACCCUUCCGAAUUCCCCUGCAGUCACUUUGUGGAGGAGACAUGGAGAAACCUAUCAAAGUUGAGUGCUUUGAUUAUGACAAUGACGGCUCGCAUGACCUUAUCGGAACUUUUGAGACCACGAUGAAGCGUCUUCAGGAGGCGUCACGCACUUCUCCGGCGGAAUUUGAAUGCAUCAACAGUAAAAAGAAGCAAAAGAAGAAAGGCUACAAGAACUCUGGCGUUGUGAGCGUGAAGCAUUGUCAGGUGGUAAAAGAGUACACAUUCCUGGAUUAUGUCAUGGGGGGCUGUCAACUCAACUUCACUGUGGCAAUAGACUUUACUGGUUCCAAUGGGGAUCCAAGGUCUCCUCAGUCUCUGCACUACAUCAGUCCACAGGGUGUGAACGAGUACCUCUCUGCUAUUUGGUCAGUGGGCAACGUCAUUCAGGACUACGACAGUGACAAGAUGUUUCCUGCCUUUGGCUUCGGUGCCCAGAUCCCCCCAACAUGGCAGGUUUCCCACGAGUUUCCCCUCACUUUCAAUCCCUCAAAUCCAUUCUGUGCAGGUGUUGAAGGGAUAGUGGAGGCCUACAGGGUUUGCCUUCCCCAAGUCAAACUUUACGGUCCCACGAACUUCUCACCAAUUAUCAACCAUGUAGCGUGUUUUGCAAAGCAAGCCCUGCAGCAGAACACUGCAUCUCAAUACUUUGUGCUGCUCAUCAUCACCGAUGGAGUGAUCACUGACAUGGAUAACACACGGAAUGCCAUCGUCAACGCCUCACGUCUGCCCAUGUCCGUCAUCAUCGUGGGAGUGGGCGGGGCAGACUUCACGGCGAUGGAGUUCCUGGACGGAGACGACGGGCGUCUUCGCUCUCUGACUGGCGAGCCUGCAAUGCGAGACAUUGUCCAAUUCGUUCCAUUCAGGAAGUUUCAAAAUUCUCCAAAAGAAGCAUUGGCAAAGAAUGUCUUGGCUGAAGUUCCAGGUCAGCUUGUGGAGUUUUGCAAUGCCAUGAAGCUGAGCCCACCCAACACCAAUCCUGUUGCAAAGCCCCCGGAUGCCAUCUGACGUUGCUCCAACAAUCAACCGGCUACCAUUCCACAACAUUACACAAUACAGUACUGUUUUUCUACUUGACUUGAUAAAACGACAUAGAACGCAAGCAAUCCACAUUAUUUGAGCAGUCACACUCUUUUAUAAAGCAAAGGAUCAUGCGCCUAAAUUCUAACACUUCUAUUUCAGACACAUUUUCAGGCAGCUUACUAAAGAUUCACUUUUGAACAGUUUUACACUUGAUAAAAGGGCAUCCAUUACAACUUUAUGUACAAAUAAGUCAAUUUACUUUGCCCCGUUAAAUUCAAUGUAGGCUCAUUGCAACUGCUACUUAUACACACUGCUGCUGCUGCUGUUUGUUUAAUCUGUAGUACGUUUUCUUUUUUUUAGCAAGACAAGUCUCGUUUUUAACUUGUAACAUUGUUAGUAGUAAUUGAACAGUUUUAGACAUUAUCCUGUUUAUGGACUUAAGUUUACAUCCUCAUGUAAUGAAAUAGCUUUUUACAUUGCUGAUUUUUGCACAAGGAUUAUUGCAUUGCAUAAAUGUAAGCCAUUAGUUUGCUUUUUACAAUAUUUUUUUUCCCACUUAAAUGCCAAAACACGGCACAUGCUAUAUCAAAUGAUAAACCUUUCAAAGCACUUAUCCGAGAUGUACAAAUGUCAUUCUCGUUUUGGAUUCGUCUUUGUGCCUGCUGUUUAUUUUUCGCAGAACAGACUCGCCAAUUAUGACACUGAUAUAGAUAAUUAUUGCCACAAAACUAACAACAAUGUACAUCAGUAUUAAUAUAGGGUGGAUACAUUUAUUUUAAAUAAAUAAGACAAUCCUGCA